ACAUAAAUACUGUUUAUCAAAUAAAAUAAUGACUUCCAAUCCGAUGGAAUAUGCAACUUAGAAGGUUAAUUUUAAAAAAUGACCAAAUCUGCAUAUUUGAGCAUAUUUGACAGACUAUUUACAAUAAAUGACAGUAAAAACUGUGGAACAGCAGAGAUAUUCAGAAAUCAGCAUUAACGUUAUUUAAAAUAUAUAAAAGCCAGGAAGUGUGCAUGUGGUGUUUGUUUUUAUUUAUUUAAUUAUGAACUGUUACAAAUAUAUUGAAAUACCAGUAGUCAAUAAAUUACUGAAGUAAGAGUAAACAAGCAACUGGUAAAAAGGUCCCCUGAGUUCUGAGUAAAGGACCUGACUGUGUGACUUAAUAUUUAAAAAUAAAGUAAUCAGACAGACAUGAAUGCAAAUUUAGUUGCAAAUUCUCGUAUUAAAAAUGAAUACAAGUAACAUACUUACAAAGUGGUAAUUUUAAGCAGAAGAAGCACUUUUCCAAAUCAGUCCAUCCAUCCAUUUAUCCACUGAAUGUCAAGGUAAACAUUUAACCUGUUAACAGCGCAGCUCUUCAAAAUAAACACAUUUCCGGCCGUGCUUUUAUUGUGUUGGUCUCCUGAGCGGAAGUGGAGUGUAAGCGUUAGAUAAGGAGCUCAGCAUCGACUCCGCUGCUGCUGCUGCGCUUCUCUUCACUGUGUCUGUGCGGAGAUGUUAGACCGUUCCCGGUGAAAAAGCACCGAAGCUCUGCCCCGUGGAAAUGCCUCACCGCCGCAGGCUGUAACCGAGCGGGAUUCGCGGACAGCCGAGCGGGGCAGAGAAGGCCAGGUCUCCGGGACAGGUUGGGAGGAAAACACCGGCAGGAUGUGGCAAGUUUUAGCAUGCGGGGCUGUAGUUUUCCCCGGUCUUUUCUUCGUCUUCAGGAAGAUUCUGCCCGCUGUGUUCAAACACUGGACCGAUGCCGACGUGGUUCUGGUCAGCGAGAGACUGGUGUCCUCCAUCCACGCUGUCAUGGCAACAACAGCGGGGAUCGUCGUCGUUUCCUCAUGCAGCAACAACAUCAUUUAUGACAGGCACUGGCUGGCCACCUAUUUCGUCAUUUGGUACGGCGUCCCCUAUAUGACGUACGACAUCUUCGCCAUGUACCUCAGCCACUACUACCGCUACCACGUCAAGGGCCAUGAGGACUACAAGCAGCACUCGCUGAAGACCAUCAACUCCUUCGUCCGGAGAGAGUUUCUGCUGGUGCUGCACCACAUCGCGCUGCUCACCAUCCUGCUGCCUAUCACACUGUUCUUCAGGAAGGACCAGGGGGAUUUCUUCAUCGGCUGCUUGUUCCUGACGGAGCUCAGCACGCCCUUCGUCUCCCUGGGGAAGAUCCUCAUCCAGCUGAGCCUACAGGAGUGCUGGCUGCAUAAGGCCAACGGCGGCAUGGUGCUGCUGACCUUCUUCAUGUGCCGCAUCGCCCUCUUCCCCUUCAUGUACUGGAUGUACGGCCGUCACUACGGCAUCCCGCUGCACGCCGUUCCCUUCCACCUGCCGCUCGCCACCAACCUGGGUAACUGCUGCAUCCUGGCGCCGCAGCUCUACUGGUUUGUGCUGCUGGUGAGGAAGGGCUACCGGCUGUACCUGCGGAGCCGCAGGCCGCCGCCCGCCAAGGAGGAUUGAUGCUGCGGCUGCGCUAACUGGACCCGUUACGGUACUGUAGUUCACCAGGACUGCCUGCUCUCUGUCGCUCCUCCUGGGCCUCCAUACUCCAACUCCUCUGUAACAAAGCUGUUGCCUGAAGGACCUCUCACUCUGUCUGAUUUUACUGCACUCUGAAGAAAGGUCACAUUCACCUCACUGGGAGCGGGAGGCGGAGCUUCCUGGAGACUUUCUCUGAUCUUUCACUCCUGCUGUUUGUACAGCUGCUGCUGAUGGAGAGGUUUGUUACGGCGCUAAUUGCUGGCCGCUAGUGGUUGGUGGUUAUGUUACAGCUCUGAUGUCACGUCUCCUGGGAGCGCCUCAUUCACAUUUAAAUCUGUUACAAAUCUGCAUUAAUAUUCCAACUACACUGUUUAUUUUGAAACUUUAUUGGGGCGAUUAAACGUUUCUGAAAUUUCAGGGUGGCAGAAGUUUCAAGGGCUUAUUUUUAGGAUCUGAUUUCAUCGUUAAAAUCGGAAACGGAUUGGAUCAUCCAGGAGUUUUUUUUUAUUUACUGCUGUGUGAUUUUUCUAAUGUGAAUUUCCUUUUUCAUUGCAUAAUCUCAGUUUAGGUUACACUGGAGGAGAGCGGGGUUAGAGCAGCUGGGAAGAGGCAGGAUGAUGGCUCAGGUUCUGGUCCAGUAAGGCUAAUGCUAGCUUCUUAGCUGGACUUAUUGUCCAGAAACCCAUUUAUUAACAAAAAGAAACAAUUCAGCAUGCCACCUUUAUUGGGUCAUCACAAAACUUCAACAGCCACAUUUACUUAGUUAUUCUUUCCUUUUCUUUUUUACAUUUUUUUCUUUUCUCCUUUUUUUUAAUCUUUUCCUCCCCCCCCCCCCAACAGUUUCAUUAAGUCCAGAAAAAUGUAACACUAAAAUAUUCAAACCGGCCAAUCACGUGUACAGAUGGGCUGACCAAUGAGCCGUCAGGGGGCGGGGCUUGCAGUGUGGUUGUAGCAGAGGCUCACUCUGCUCUCAGCUGAACCAUUUAAACAUUCAGACUCUGUUUUUCUGCACCACCUCAGUUCAAAUCAGCUGUUUGAGGUUUUGUUUGAACCGUGUUGGGCCUCAGGCCCGGACAUGUCGCCCUGCUAACGAGGCUGAUAUCAGGAGAUCAGAGGUCAGCCUCUCAGUGGGAUCCAUCAGUUUGUGUGAACUUCUUUAUAAGUUAAAGCACUUCACAGGAACGACUGUAUAUGAAGAUUUAAAGAUUGAAAUCAUGUUUUAUUUUAGCUUGAAGACAGUUUGCUAACUCAAAGUGAACCUGCUGAACAUGAGAGGACAAUUCCCUCAUCCUGGUAGAUAUUUAUCUGAAAGAUAAUCAACACUUAUUGAUUAGUUUUAGUUUGUUGUCUAUAUCAUUAAAAUAUCUAUAGAAAAGCUAAUUAUAUUUCACAUCUAGGGUUUGAAGUCAUGAAGACUUUGUGUGUCAGAUGAUUUUAUUGUUUCCUGUAACUUCUCUAUGCAACAGAGGCCUCUGCAGCACCGCAGUCAGCCGUAACGAAGUCAUCCCUUGACAUAAAGAUCCAACGCUACGUUUCUAACUUCCCCGUCUGGUUGGUCGGAUUUAAAGCUGUAGGGUCAUUAUUGAAAACCGGAUCAGGAUUAAUGCACUAGGCUGCGUUCACACAGCAGGUCUGGAUUCUAAACUCCCAUUUUUAAUGUUUGUGCGACCAUUCAUGACACUAAUUAAAUACAACCGCAAUCAGAUUUCUGUGUGAGCGGUUUGUGACACCAUAAUGAAGAAGAACGUAGCCGUCUUCCUGCAGCGCUCCGUCUACAGCAGUGAAGAUGGCCGCAGCACUCUGGAUGGGUUUUAAAGUUACUCAGAGCUGACAAUAUGGCCACCAGAUCAGAACCAGAUCACAUCAGCUGAUAAACAGAAAGCCCAGCUCACAGCAAUGGCCUUUAGUGGAGCAUUGACUGCGGCUUCUGACCCGGUUCUGUUUGGACGUGGAGUCAGACCAGGAGUGGUCUGACUCCACGGUCAGUCUCCACGGUCAGUCUGAGACCAGGAGACUCCAGUCUCCUGGAGGACGCUGUGAUGCGUCUGAGUCAGUGAACGCUGUGAUGCGUUCACUGACUCAGACUGAUUUCAUCACUUCAUUAUUGUCAUUAUCAUUUUCAGCUGCUGUUUACGUGCAGAUUUGCUGCCUGGAUUCUUCUGGUCAAGUAAAUUUCGGAUAAAAUGCGACAUGACCGUUCAAACUGCAGAUGUUUUGAAAACUACCAGAUCCAAUUUAGUUCCACGUCUGGAAGUGGAGUGGAUCCGAACGGGGCCGUUCAGGCUGCUGUGAAAAAGUCCGAUUUGGGUCGUAGUCACCUGCUGUGUGAACGUAUGAGACACUACGGAUAACAAGGUGGGGAAGGUUCUGGUUCAGUGUCGGCUCUUACGGUUCUGGACCAAUGAAGGUCGAACCACUUCCUCUGGAUUAGUGGGAGGAAUCAGUCCGGAUGGAUGAGGUGAGGCCUGUUGCUCCGAUCUGUUAACAGUCGGCUUCCUGGACCCAGCCUUGGGGGUGGAGUAGAGCGUCUCCUUGCUGGGAACUCUUUGCUCUCUUGGGAUGUCUUUCCACCUGAUAGUCCCGUAGAUUCAGUUCUGUUGGAACCAAAACUUCACCAUUUGAUCCAUCUCCAGCUGCUGUGGUUCUCUGGUUCUUGGUUGGUCGCUUGGAGACUGCAGCUAGCUUAAAGCUGCUGCUGGAAGUUCCAACCUUCAUCCAUAGCCAGCUGAUUUCUGGGCCGGUUUUUGCCUGGUGCAGAACCGUGAAGCAGGCCUAACCAGAUCUGACUCCAUCUUUAGUGAUUAUCCAGCAUUUCUAACACUGGCCUCAGUGAUAUAAGCUAGCAGAGCAAGCUACAUUAUAGCAGAGCAUUGGACUAAGUUGAGUCAGGAAAUGCUUUGCUGUUGUCUGGAUUACUGAUGGGAUCAAUCAAAGUUCUGAUUGCUUUGUGGUUUUAUUUCCUCCACCCACAAGCUAACAGAACUUGGACACUUCAGUGUUUCAGAUCAUCAAACCAGGUUUUAUAUCAGACAAAGAGAAACGGAGUAAAAACAAUCAAUUCAUUAGGACCUGUCUGACAGCACGAAGUAGGCGAAUCACUUCCAAUCUGAAGAAAUUCGAGGUACAGACUAUAAAUAAACAUUCAGCAGUUUGGAAUGAGUUACAGAACCGUCUAGAAGGUUGUGGGUUUCCAGAGAACCUCAGUAGAACCGGGAUCCACACAUGGAGAACCUUCCCAGGAAAGGCUAAGGUACCAAAAUGGCUCCAGGAAAAUAUCAGGGACUAAUCCAGGAGGUCCAAAAGAACCCACAACAAAAUUUUUAUGACACAUUGGCUGGAACCAUAGCUUCUCCCUCAGUUAAGGUCAGAGGUCACGGCUGCACAAUAAGUAAGAGAAACUGGGCAAAAAUGGCUUCCAUGAGAGCGAUCUAAGACCAGAACCACUGCUGAUCCAAAACAGCACAAAGACUCAUCCUGAUGUGAUAUUUCUGGAAGGUUUUGGUUUCGUUACGUCUGGAUUCAAACCUCAGCCUUUCCGAACCAUCCCUACAUUCAAACACGGUGGUGGGGGCAUCAUGAUGUGGGACUGCUGCAGGACUUGGUGGAUGGAAUCAUGAGUUCUGCUGUUUGUCCGACCGUCAGUCAGGUUGUGAUCUUAAACUCUGUAACGUCUCAAAAACCAAAACGAUGGUUUUGGAGUGGCCUAGUCAAAGUCCAGACAUGGCGUAACACAUUAGCACUCCCUCAAACAGAUUAAUCCAGCUAGAAAACCCUCCAGUGUCUGAAUUAAAUGAAUUCAGUAAAGCAGCGAGGGUCAAAGUUCCUCCAGAGAGACUCAAGAACACCUGGUGGAACCAGCGGUUUGGGGUGUGGAUGCUGUCCCCAGCGGACCGGUCGGGUUUCCUUUGUCUCACAUUAUGUCUGGUCUGGUGAUCUGAAUCGUUAGAGUCUCUUUAAUGUGCUAAAGCGUUCCUCCAGAUCAUUCCCUUCUUCUCAUUCGCUGGAGCCAGUCAGGUUAGAGUCCUCUGCUGCCCCCUGGUGGCGGGACUCAUCCCUCCAGCCGCAUGUUUCCUCCAUCCAGCUUCCAUAAAACGCGCGGAAGAACAGGAAUAUGUUGCUGCUUCAUUAAUACAUAUUCUGAGGUUUUAAUAAACCAGAUACCUCAAA